AUGAAAAACAGAGGCUGGUGUUCAGUGCAUAUCUACCAUCUCUUAUUGUGCUUCGUCAAUAUGUACAGUGCAACAAGCCCGAUGAACGAAUCCGAUUCCGAGAAUGGCUCUGAACAAGACCUUGAGUAUGGUCCUGGAAUUGUCGAAAAGCUUCGAGAGAAAUUCCAACGCUUAUCCGGGAUGGUUAGCCGUGACGCUAAGGUUUCUCCCCACGCAACCGGAAAGAGAUGCCCAUCAGUGGACGACAUCCUCUCGACAGCCGGAGAGGAGCCAAGUAAUCGUUCGAUUUUCGGCAAGUGGACAAGCAGCUAUGCCGUUUUCAUCACUGUCACGCUAAAUUCGAAUCCACUGGUGCUGAGGCCGGCAGUCACUCGUUCACGAUACACCGAUCAUUGCCAGAAGAGGAUCAAGACGAUUCUAAAACUGCCACCAUUAGCGAUCUUCGGCGCAAAUUCGAGAGUUCUGCUCAGAGGAAGCCGUCUUACAGCCUGGGAUAUGCAAAAAGCUCCUGGAAAAAUGAGGUAUGAUCGUAUAUAA